AUGGACAUCGCCCUGGUCCCCCUGGAGAACGGAGGCGCCACGGCCGUCGGAGAGGGAGGCGAGAGAGCGGGCGGGCCCCCGCCGCGGCCUCCACGGCGACCAGCCACGGCGCUCCCGGGAGAGGAGCCGGCGCUCGGGGGGCGCAGGGGGUCCCGAAGAUUCAGCUCCGGGCGGCGCUCCCUGCCCCCCCAUCCGGGCCCGGAGGGCCACGAGGAUCCGCCGUCGCCGGGUGCCCUCCGUCCCCCGCCCCAGCGCAUUCUCCUGAACGUCUCCGGGCUGCGCUUCGAGACGCAGCUGAGCACCCUGGCCCAGUUCCCGGACACCCUGCUGGGCGACCCGGACCGACGCCUCCGCUUCUUCGACCCCCUGCGCAACGAGUACUUCUUCGACCGGCACCGGCCCAGCUUCGACGCCAUCCUCUACUACUACCAGUCGGGCGGGCGGCUGCGUCGACCAGCCAGCGUCUCCCUGGACGUGUUCGCCGAGGAGAUCCGCUUCUACCAGCUCGGGGAGGAGGCCAUGGAGCGCUUCCGGGAGGAGGAGGGCUUCCCCCGGGUGGAGGAGAAGGCGCUGCCGGCGAGGCCGCUCCAGCGCCAGGUGUGGCUGCUGUUUGAGUACCCGGAGAGCUCGGGGCCUGCCCGCGGCAUCGCCAUGGUGUCCAUCCUGGUCAUCCUCACCUCCAUCGUCACCUUCUGCCUGGAGACGCUGCCCCAGUUCCGGGACGAGGGGGAGCCCCCCGGGCCACCGCCGGGUGCCAACGCCACCCCCGGAGGGCUCCUCCUGCCCCCCGACCGGCCAGGCCCACCGCUCCCCAGCCUCCUGGCCGACCCCUUCUUCCUGGUGGAGACCACGUGCGUCGUGUGGUUCAGCUUCGAGCUGGUGGCGCGCUUCUCCGCCUGCCCCAGCAAGGCCGACUUCUCCCGCGACGUUAUGAACGUCAUCGAUGUGAUGGCCAUCUUCCCCUACUUCAUCACGUUGGGCACCGAGCUGGGCCAGCCGCCACCGGCGAGGCCUCAGUCGUCGGGGGGAGGCCCCAACGGGCAGCCGCAGCAGGCCAUGUCUCUGGCCAUCCUGCGGGUCAUCCGCCUGGUGCGGGUCUUCCGCAUCUUCAAGCUGUCGCGCCACUCCAAGGGCCUGCAGAUCCUGGGCCAGACCCUCAAGGCGAGCAUGCGCGAGCUCGGCCUGCUCAUCUUCUUCCUCUUCAUCGGCGUCGUCCUCUUCUCCAGCGCCGUCUACUUCGCCGAGGCGGACGACCGGGACUCCCACUUCUCCAGCAUCCCCGACGCCUUCUGGUGGGCCGUGGUCACCAUGACGACGGUGGGCUACGGCGACAUGCGGCCCGUGACGGUGGGCGGCAAGAUCGUGGGCUCGCUGUGCGCCAUCGCCGGGGUCCUCACCAUCGCCCUGCCGGUGCCCGUCAUCGUCUCCAACUUCAACUACUUCUACCACCGCGAGACGGAGCCGGACGGGCAGCCUGCCCUCAUGGAGGAGCCGCCGCCAGGCGCCGGGGUGGACGCGGGGGGCACGCCCCAGGCCAGCCGGAGCCGGGGGUCUCUAGGGCAGGCUGCCGAGGCGCCCCCCUGCCUGGAGAUCCCGCGCCACGGGGGCGGCCGGCUGGAGAAGAGCCUCCUCAAGGCUAAGAGCAACGUGGAUCUCAAGAAAUCCUUGGUCGCGCUCUGCUUGGACACGAGCCGGGAAACGGAUCUGUAG